AUGGUGCUCCAAGAUACCGUGAAGUACGAUUGUUUCACGAUUGGCAGUGAUGAGGACUUGCAGUUUGAUGAUCCAGAGGACGAUGAUGUUGAGCCAGAUAUGAUUGCUGAUGACAGUGGCGAUGAUAUCAGAACGAGUGACCCGGGAGGGGCUGCAGGUGGUUCUAGCUCUGGCACACGGCAGUACCCUCCACAUUUUUCAGCAUUGGACCUGGAUGCCAUGAGGGCGGAUGCAUCUGUUAACAUCAAGGUGCUCCUAAAUGCCACGGCCGCACACUUUGGGUUCAGGCCGACGUACAGGAGGGUCUGGCUGGCCAAGCAGAAGGCUGUUGCCAUCAUCUAUGGUGACUGGGAUGAGUCAUACAACGAGCUCCCGAAGUGGGUGUUAGGAGUCCAGCUGACCAUGCCUGGAACUGUUACAGUCCUUAGGACUAACCCUGUUCGAGUUGGGGGACAGCUGGAUGAGUCUCAAGCUUAUUUUCACAGGCUGUUCUGGACGUUCCCACCUUGUGUAGAGGCAUUCCGUCAUUGCAAGCUGUUGGUGAGUAUCGACGGCACCCAUCUAUAUGGCAAGCAUAACGGCAUCAAGGCCGCGCUUGAGGCUCCCAACGGGGGGUGGCAACCUCCAGCUUCAUACUGGGCAUUCUGCAUUCGACACGUAGCAGCAAACUUCGCCCUCACCUUCAAGGGCAAAGACGCUCGGAGGCUUCUUGUGAACGCCGCAUAUGCGAAGACCGAGGUCGAGUUCGAUUACUGGUUUGACAUUCUGCGCUCUGAAAAUCCGGCGAUGUGUGACUGGGCGAACCGAAUUGAGUAUUCAUUGUGGACACAGUAUUGUGAUGAGGGGCGCAGAUUCGGGCACAUGACGACCAAUAUCCCCGAGUGUGUGAACUCAAUCCUCAAGGGAGUCAGGAACCUCCCUGUGUGCUUGCUAGUGAAGGCCACAUACGGAAGGCUGGCCGAACUAUUUGUCCGCAAGGGGAGAGAGGCCGAGGCCCAGCUAGGCACCAGACAACAAUUUAGUCAAUACCUGGUGAAGUGUAUCGAGGCCAAUUUGAAGACGGCGAGGUGCUUCACCGUUACUGUAUACGACAGGGAUAACUCGGAGUACACCGUGACAGAGACAACUCCGACUGGUUCGUUCUCACUGGGUAGCUACAGGGUCUCACUUAGUUCUCAGACAUGUGACUGUGGAUACUUUCAGGCACUUCAUUUCCCGUGUCCGCACGCGUUGGCAUGCUGUGCCUACUCACGGGUUACUUGGCAGCCAUACGUGCACCAGGUGUAUCGUCUUAGUUCGGUCUUCAGUGUCUAUCGGAUGGGAUUCACACCUCCCAUUCCAGAGGGUUUCUGGCCACCAUAUGACGGGCCGACCGUGAUACCGGACCCUAACAAGAGGCGUGCAAGGGAGGGUCGUCUCAGGUCCACUCAGAUACGAACCAAUAUGGAUGAGGCAGAUCCGAACUGGCCUAAGAGAUGUGGCCUGUGUCGGCAACCCGGACACACUCGUCGGAGUUGCCCACAGGCUGGAGGGUCCAGCCAUACAGGGAGAAAUGAAUAG